ACGGGGUCAGACUGGAUGGCCUUUGGGGGCCCCUUCUAAGUCUAGGAGUCUAUGAUUCAGAGUCUGCCGGACCAUUAAAACUGGAUAUUCCUACCUCUUAGAAAUGGGGUCGGACUAGAUGGCCUUUGGGGGUCUCUUCCAACUGGAGCAUUCUGUGAUUCAGUGAGUUGGAUGGCUAUCUGUUGGGAGGGUUUUGAUGGUGUCUUCCUUCUGGCAGAAAUGGGGUUGGACUGGAUGGCCUUUGAGGGCGACUUCUUCUUUUUUCCAGUUUUUUUUUUAAAUUAAAUUAUUGAAAAAUUGUGAAUUUUACAUAUUCAGUACUUAAAACUUAUACAUUCUUUAACAAAUUUGCAAUACAGAGUUAUGUAUAUCAUAGCUCCUAUAGUAUUUUCACUCUCUAACUAUAUGACAUACUCAUAUUAUUUACCUUUUGUGACCCUUCACCUUCACCCCAGACCAGCCAAUUACAAUAUUUAUUUCCAAAAUCCCAUUGUUUCUUUUACAGGUUUUUCCCCCCUUACCUUCUACAUAUACAAACUCUAAAUUUUCCCCAUAUCUUCCUGAGGAAGACCUCUAACCCUCGGAUCCAGGGGUUGUAUGGCCAUCUCUUAGGAGGGUUUUGACGGUGUCUUCCUGCCUGGCAGGAAUUCGGUCAGACUGGGUGCGUUUUAGGACCCCCUGCACUGACCUCAAACUAGGUGACUUCAAGGGGUCCAAAGGGGUUCCCAACUGAACUGACGCAAUUGUUAUGCACAAACACUUGUGUCUGGAUACUCCCUAGUUCCAGCCACACAUCAAGGACAUCAUAGCUUCUUGGCCAUUAACUCUUUCCACACUAUGGUACAUUCUGGAUGAUGCAAUCAGUUGCAACACAAGCAUGGCACAAAUUGCAUUUAAACACUAUCAAUACACAAAUCCCACAUUAACAAUUUGCACUCUGAAGACCUUGCAGAACUACAGAUCCCGGGAUUCCGUUGCAGAGAGCCAAGGCAGUUCAAGAGCACCCCUUCUCCGGUGUUCCCUCUGCCUGGCGGGUGGGAGGCUUUGGGAGUGCCGGGGAUGCUAGGAGCUGGAGUCCAGGCCCCGUCCAUCCUGUCCGGUCCCGCCCUGGACUCUGCCUGGCGGUCACUCCACCCUCCUCCUCCUCCUCCUGGGUGGCGGCGCCACGCGUGCCUUGGCCCUGGCCCAAGCCCGGUGCCCUUUGGCCCUCUCCUUGGGCGCAUCGCUCCUGUGUAUCCGCACCAGCACCAGCACCUGGCAGUGGCCAUCAAGGGUGGCCGGAGGGGUGUAUGAGCCCCAGGGGAGGAGGGCCCGCUCUUCCUCCCUCUUUUCCUUCCUUCCUUCCUUCCUUCCUUCCUUCCUUCCUUCCUUCCACAGCUGACUCUCGGCCAUGACCUACGCCCGGUUCCUGGCCGCCCUUCGCACCCGAGUCCGGAUCCGCAGCCUCCUUCUCCGGCAGUGCCUGGCUGAGGCCCUGGGGGUCUUCAUCCUCAUUGUGAUCACGCUGAGCGGGGCGGCGCAGUCGGUGACCAGCGCGGGCGCCAAGGGCGGCUACUUCAGCGCGGCCUUCUCGGGCGGCAUCAGCGUCAUGGUGGCCAUCCACAUCUCGGGGGGCGUCUCAGGGGGGCACCUGAACCCGGCCUUCUCGCUGGCCAUGUGCCUUUUGGCCCAGUGCCCUUGGUGGAAGCUGCCCAUCUUCUCCGUCGUCCAGAUCGCAAGCGCCUUCGUGGGGGCGGGCACCGUCUACAUCCUGUACUAUGAUGCCAUCCACCACUACAGCAACGGGACCCUGGCGGUGACUGGGCCCCGUGAAACAGCCUCCAUCUUUGCCACGUACCCGGCUCCUUACCUGUCGCUCUGGAACGGCUUCUUCGACCAGGUGCUGGGUACGGCAGUGCUGGUGGUGAGCAUCCUGGCGCUGAUCGACCCGCGCAACCGGCGCAUCCCGCCCGGCCUGGAGCCCCUGGGGGUGGCGCUGCUGGUGGUCUCGCUGGGCCUGGCCCUGGGCGCCAACUGCAGCUGCGCCAUCAACCCGGCCCGGGACCUGGGCCCGCGGCUCUUCACCUACGUGGCCGGGUGGGGCCCCCAGGUGUUCAGCGUCUCCCAUGGGCCUGAUCAAUCCGCAGCGAAAGCCAUGGGAUUUUGCGCGAAGAAGCAGCCCCCCGAGGAGGAAAGGCGGGUGAAGGCCAACGCCAGGGAAUACAACGAGAAGUUCCAGUACGCGAGCAACUGCAUCAAGACCUCCAAGUACAACGUGGUCACCUUCCUCCCCAUCAACCUCUUUGAGCAGUUCCAGGAAGUUGCCAACACUUACUUCCUCUUCCUCCUCAUCCUCCAGCUGAUUCCGCAGAUCUCCUCCCUCUCCUGGUUCACCACCAUUGUGCCUUUGGUCCUCGUUCUGACCAUCACGGCGGUCAAGGACGCCACCGACGACUACUUUCGCCACAAGAGCGACAACCAGGUGAACAACCGCCAAUCGCAAGUGCUGAUCAAUGGGAUCCUCCAGCAGGAGCAGUGGAUGAACGUCCGAGUCGGGGACAUCAUCAAGUUGGAGAACAACCAGUUUGUGGCCGCCGACCUCCUCCUCCUCUCCAGCAGCGAACCCCACGGGCUCUGCUACAUCGAGACCUCCGAGCUGGACGGGGAGACGAACAUGAAGGUGCGCCAGGCCACCCCGGUCACCUCGGAACUGAGCGACACCAGCCGGCUGGCCCACUUUGACGGGGAGGUGGUCUGCGAGCCGCCCAACAACAAGCUGGACAAGUUUGGGGGGACCCUGCACUGGAAGGAGAGCAAGCACCCCCUGAGCAACCAGAACAUGCUGCUGCGCGGCUGCGUCCUGCGCAACACCGAGUGGUGCUUCGGCCUGGUGGUCUUCGCAGGGCCCGAUACCAAGCUGAUGCAGAACAGCGGCCGCACCAAGUUCAAGCGCACGAGCAUCGACCGCCUGAUGAACACGCUGGUGCUCUGGAUCUUUGGCUUCCUGGUCUGCAUGGGGGUGAUCCUGGCCAUCGGGAACUCCAUCUGGGAGCACGAGGUGGGCGCCUGCUUCCAGGUCUUCCUCCCGUGGGACGCGGCCGUGGACAGCGCCGUCUUCUCCGGCUUCCUCUCCUUCUGGUCCUACAUCAUCAUCCUCAACACCGUCGUCCCCAUCUCCCUCUACGUCAGCGUGGAGGUCAUCCGACUGGGCCACAGCUAUUUCAUCAACUGGGACAAGAAGAUGUACUGCGCAAAGCGAUGCACCCCGGCAGAGGCCCGGACCACCACUUUGAACGAGGAGCUGGGCCAAGUGGAGUACAUCUUCUCCGACAAGACCGGCACCCUCACCCAGAACAUCAUGGUCUUCAGCAAGUGCUCUGUGAAUGGCCGCAGCUACGGUGAUGUUUUGGAUGUCCUGGGAUACAAAGUAGAGCUUGGAGAGAAGGCGGAACCGGUGGACUUCUCCUUCAACCCGCUGGCAGACCCCACCUUCACCUUUUGGGACACGGGCCUUUUGGAAGCGGUCAAGCUGGGCGACCCCCAGGUCCACGAGUUCUUCCGCCUGCUCUCCCUCUGCCACACCGUCAUGUCCGAAGAGAAGAACCCAGGGGAGCUGUACUACAAAGCCCAGUCUCCGGACGAAGGGGCACUGGUGACGGCCGCCCGCAACUUUGGCUUCGUGUUCCGGGGCCGGACCCCAAAGACCAUCACGGUGCAGGAACUGGGCCGCCCCGUCACCUACCAGCUCCUCGCCAUCUUGGACUUCAACAACGUCCGCAAGCGCAUGUCCGUCAUCGUGCGGAACCACGAGGGCCAGAUCCGCCUCUACUGCAAAGGUGCCGACACCAUUUUGCUGGAGAGGCUCCAUCCGGGGAACCAGGAGAUGUACAACGUCACCACCGACCACCUGAAUGAAUAUGCCGGGGAGGGUCUCCGGACGCUGGUGCUGGCCUACCGCGACCUGGAGGACGGCUAUUACUCCGAAUGGGCCAAGCGCCUGCAAAGGGCCAGUGCCUCCAGCGAAGGGCGCGAAGAGAGGCUGGCCCAGCUGUACGAAGAAGUGGAGAACGAGAUGGUGUUGUUGGGCGCCACGGCCAUCGAAGACAAGCUGCAGCAGGGCGUCCCAGAGACCAUUGCGCUGCUGACGCUGGCCAACAUCAAGAUCUGGGUCUUGACGGGGGACAAGCAAGAGACGGCGGUCAACAUCGGAUACUCCUGCAAGAUGCUGACGGACGAAAUGGCCGAGGUCUUCCUCAUCACCGGCCACACCGUUCUGGAGGUGCGGCAGGAGCUGCGGAAGGCCAGGGAGAAGCUGAUGGACUCCUCUUCGCGCAGCCUGGGCAACGGCUUUGCCUUCCAGGAAAAGCUCUCGGCCUUGAAACUGACCUCCGUCCUGGAAGCCGUAGCUGGAGAGUACGCCCUGGUCAUCAAUGGCCACAGCCUGGCGCAUGCGCUGGAGGCGGACAUGGAGCUGGAGUUCCUGGAGACGGCCUGCGCCUGCAAAGCGGUCAUCUGCUGCCGGGUGACCCCCCUGCAGAAGGCCCAGGUGGUGGAGCUGGUUAAGAAGCACAAGAAGGCCGUCACCCUGGCCAUCGGGGACGGGGCCAACGAUGUCAGCAUGAUCAAGACGGCCCACAUCGGGGUGGGCAUCAGUGGGCAGGAGGGCAUCCAGGCGGUGCUGGCCUCGGACUACUCCUUCUCCCAGUUCAAGUUCCUGCAGCGGCUGCUCCUGGUCCACGGGCGGUGGUCCUACCUGCGCAUGUGCAAGUUCCUCUGCUACUUCUUCUACAAGAACUUUGCCUUCACCAUGGUGCACUUCUGGUUUGGGUUCUUCUGCGGGUUCUCCGCUCAGACCGUCUACGACCAGUACUUCAUCACGCUCUACAACAUCGUCUACACCUCGCUGCCUGUGCUUGCCAUGGGGGUCUUUGACCAGGACGUGCCCGAGCAGCGCAGCCUGGAGUACCCCAAGCUGUACGAGCCGGGGCAGCUGAACCUGCUCUUCAACAAGCGGGAGUUCUUCAUCUGCAUCGCGCAGGGCAUCUUCACCUCCGUCUUCAUGUUCUUCCUCCCCUACGGGGUCUUCGCCGACGACGACCUCCUGGCCGACUACCAGUCCUUUGCCGUCACCGUGGCCACCGCCCUGGUCAUCGUGGUCAGCGUCCAGAUCGGCCUGGACACGGGCUUCUGGACGGCCAUCAACCACUUCUUCAUCUGGGGCAGCCUGGCCGCCUACUUCGCCAUCCUCUUCGCCAUGCACAGCGACGGGCUCUUCCAGCUCUUCCCAAACCAGUUCCGCUUUGUGGGCAAUGCUCAGAACACGCUGGCCCAGCCGGCCGUCUGGCUGACCAUUGCGCUGACCACCGUGGUCUGCAUUGUGCCGGUGGUGGCCUUCCGAUUCCUCAAGCUGGACCUCAAGCCCGAGCUUUCAGAUACGGUGCGCUACACGCAGCUGGUGCGCAAGAAGCAGAAGGCGCAGCACCGGUGCAUGGGCCGGGUGGGCCGGCCGGGGUCGCGCCGCUCGGGCUACGCCUUUUCCCACCAGGAAGGCUUCGGGGAGCUCAUCAUGUCCGGCAAGAACAUGCGCCUCAGCUCCCUGGCCCUCUCCAGCUUUGGCGGGCGCACCAGCGCCAGUUGGAUCGAGACCCUGCGCAAGAAGAAGGGCGGCGAAGGCGGCAGCGUCACCAGCAGCCCCAGCGGCGGAGACAAGGCCCUCAAAGCGUGAGCACAUCCAAGCGCAUGGACAAUGGGCGAAGGAACACGGCCCCGGAGUGGGCCGCACAGGCGCAUCACCUCCCGGGCGCAUCGGGACUCCAGUGUCCCCGAAUGACCGCCGGAAGGGAGGGAAAAAGGCGGGGAUCGUCCCGCCGGGAGCUGGACCAAGGAGACCCUGAACUGUUGUGUGCAAGGGGUCUUAUAUAGAUAUAUAUAUAUAAACCUAUACAUACAUAUAGAGAUAUACAGGCCGUCCCCAAGUUAUAAACAUCUGACUUACAAAUGAUUCAGUUAAGAGCGGGGCUGGUCUGGAUGGCCUUUGGGAAUCCCUCCCAAAUCUAUGCUACUAUAUCUCAUAUAUGUGUGUGUGUGUCUGUGUGUAUAUAGAUACACACAUACAAGCCAUUGCCGAGUUAUAAACAUCCUGAAGGUAGGCCUCUCUUAGGUCUAUCACUCUGUCAUCUAUUCGACUCAAAGCUAAGAAUGGGGCUGGACUGGAUGGCCUUUGGGUGUCCCUCCCAAGUCUAGGAUACGCUAUCUAUCUCAUAUAUAUGUGUGUAUGUAUAUAACAUACAUACACACAUAUACAGGCCUUCCAAGUCUAUAAUACUAUAUUUUUCUCCAUCGUGGUCCCUGUGAAAUACGCUCAUAUGGUAUUUCCUGUGCAGGCAGCUUGGAGUUGGACUGGAUGGCCUUUGGGGGUCCCUCCCAGUUCUAGGAUACGAUAUCUCCUAUAGACCCAUAGAUGUAGACAUAUAGGCUGUUCUGAGUUAGAAAGAGCCGUCUUACAAACAACUCACAAUUAAAAACAAUGCAGUUGAGAUGACAGGAAGUGAGAGGGAUAUAUAUAUAUAUGGGGCUGGCGUUACACACACCUACAGAACCCCUCUUGUUUAUAACUUGGGCACGGCCUGUAUAGAUAGAUAUAUAUAUAUAAUAUAUAUAUAUAUACAGAGUUCUGGUGGCCCCGAUUCUGCCAUCACCCACAUAUGUCUUUUAUAUAUAUACACUAGAUAUAUAUCUAUAUCGAUAGAGAGAGAGAGAGAGAUCUAUAAGGACAAUCAUCCACGUUUACACAAAACGCAAGAGGCCGGUUUCUUCUCUUGAUCGGCACAAUGAUGUUGGGGACAAUUUGGGGGAAGGAAGAGGAAAUCAGGCCGCUUUGGACCAUCUUCCUGGUCAAGGACCCCGACGCGAAGGAGAAAAGAAUAUAUAUUUUUAUAUACGUGUCGGAUUUGGGCUCGCGGGUUCUGGCCUCCGCGCCUCCUUGAAAGGGAGACUGUGGCCAGGAUGGGGAAGCUUGGUCCCUGCCGCCCUUUGCCUCUCUUCCCUCCCUUCCGUCCCUUCCCUUUCUUUCCUCUGUCCCCUUCCUUCCUUCCUUCCUUCCCUUCCUCUCUUCGUUUCCCUUCCUUCCCUCUUCCCUUCCUCACUCCUUCCCUUCCAUUCCCUUGCUUUGUUUCUCCUUCCUUCCCCUUCCCUUCCCUUCUCUCUCCCUUCUUUCCUCCCCUUUCUUUCUUUCCUUCUUCCCUUCUGUCCCUUUGCCUCUCCUCCUUCCUUCCUUCCAUCCAUCCAUCCAUCUUUCCCUUCCUUCCCCUUGUCUCUUCUUCUUCCUCAUUCCUUCCCUUCUUCCAUUCCCUCCUUUGUCUUUUCUUCUUACCCUCUCUUCUCUUUCCCUCUCUUCCUUCCUCCCUUCCUUCCUGCCUCCCUUCCUCACUCCUUUCCUUCUUCCUUUCCCUCCCUUUGUCUUUUCUCCUUCCUUUCCCUUCUUUUUCUCUCCCUUUCUCCCUCCCAUCCAUCCUUCCUUCCUCCCCUCUUUCAUUCUUUACUUCCUUCCCUUCCUUCCCUUCCUCUCCUUCCCUUUCUUCCCUUCCACCCUCUUUCCUCCCCUUGUCACUUCCUCUUUCCUUCCUUCCUGCUUCCCUUCCUUCUUUCUUCUGUUAUUUCUUUCCUUCCUGCCUGCCUGCCUCCUUUCUUCCUUCCAUUCCCUCCCUUUUCCUUCCUUCCUUCCUUCCUUCCUUCCUUCCUGCUUCCCUUCCUUCCUCAUUCCUUCCCUUCUUCCAUUCCCUCCUUUGUUCUUCUUACUCUCUCUUCUCUUUCCCUCUCUUCCUUCCUCCCUCCCUUCCUCACUCCUUCCUUUCCCUCCCUUUGUCUUUUCUCCUUCCUUUCCCUUUUUCUCUGCCUCGCUCCCUCCCUUCCUUCCUUCCUUCCUCCCAUCCAUCCAUCCUUCCUUCCUCCCCUCUUUCAUUCUUUCCUUCCUUCCUCUCCUCCCCUUUCUUCCCUUCCACCUCCUUUCCUUUGCUUCUUCCCCUUGUCUCUUCCUCUUUCCUUCUUUCCUGCUUCCCUUCCUUCCUGCUUCCCUUGUGUUAUUUCUUUCCUUCCUGCCUGCCUGCCUCCCUCCUUCAAUCCUUCCAUUCCCUCCCUUUGUCUUCUUCCCUUCCCUUCUUCCCUUCCACCUUCUUUCCUUCGCCUGCUUCCCUUGUUAUUUCUUUCCUUCCUGCCUGCCUGCCUCCCUCCUUCCGUUCCCUCCCUUUGUCUUCCUCCCUUCCCUUCUUCCCUUCCUUCCUCUCCUCACCUUCCUUCCUCCUCCUCUGCAGCUCCCAUCAUCCCCAGUCCCAAUGCCUCCACACCAGACCCACGGCCUCCCCUUCUUUCCUUGCCACUGGCCAUUCUGCUGGGGACGAUGGGAGCUGCACCCUCCCAGGCGGACUCCGCUUCCCAUCGCCCUGGACCUGCUCGUCCAGUCCCGCUCCCGCCUUUGAUACCAAAGAGGAAAAAUCCGACGGAGGGGCGGUGUGUGUGUGUGUGUGGGGGGGGGGGGGGGUUUACCGCAGGAUGUCUUACGAUUCUCAUUCCCGUUGUUGUUGUUGUUUGUGGGUCGGGGGCGGUCCAGCCGAGGCCGGGACCAUUCUGUAUAAUUUAUUACACCUUUUUCUUAUACUUGGCAGAAUUGUAUUGUUUUAUGGGACAUAAAGAGAACGUGCAUUUUCCUA